GAGCGGAAGAAGCCGGGUGGAGCGUCUGGGUGGAGGCGCUGAGACCCUUUGGUCGGUGAGUCGUAGCUCCCGCGCAGCUCCCAAACCCAUUGCCGGUGGACUCCGACACGAACCGCACGGUGCGGGGCUCCGGAUCCGUGGCUGUUGCGGCUGCUGCUGUCGCCGAGGACUUCCCCCACCUCCGGUCUCCGCCGUCGCCGCUGCGGGAAGACGCGGCCUGGAGAGGCCUCGUAGGCCUAGGUGCGGCCCAGCAAGCCUGACGCGUGGCUGCCGUGAGUAAAAUAAAUAAAUAAGUAGAGCGAGCGCCCCCACCACAGUCGUUGACCAGUUAAAAUGGAGGAGAUUUCCCUGGCCAACCUGGAUACUAACAAGCUGGAGGCCAUCGCGCAGGAAAUAUACGUAGACCUGAUAGAGGAUUCUUGUUUGGGAUUCUGCUUUGAGGUGCACCGGGCAGUCAAGUGCGGCUACUUCUACCUGGAGUUCGCAGACACGGGUAGCGUGAAGGAUUUUGGCAUUCAGCCAGUGGAAGACAAAGGAGCACGCCGCCUCCCGCUUUGCUCCCUUCCCGGAGAACCUGGCAGUGGGCCCGAUCAACAGCUGCAGCGCUCACCUCCAGAAUUCCAGUAACCGCCGCAGGAAAGAGGGGCGGAAAAAAAAAAUGACCAGGACAAUAAUCUAGACUGGUCCCUUGACUUGGAAGAGUAAGCUUAAGUAGGGCAAAACAAAACAAAAAAAUCAGACAAAACUCCCAAUUUCCCCCCUUGAAGAUGCUAGCAUAAAAAACAAAACAAAAAACCCAAAGUGGAGAAUUUUAAGAAUUCAGAUUUUUUUUCUCUCUCUUUUAAACGUGUCUGUGGGGCCAGUUCUGAAACCCUGGGCAGGAGAAGGUGCACAAGCUGGGCAGUAUGCAGUGUGUAUGGAUCUCUAAACACACCUGGAUUCCCUGUGCUGCCCUCGGUACACAGGUGAGAAGCUGUGUGCCCAGCGUAUAAAAUCUUUCUGUUCUGAGACUUUCUAUCUGCUUCAUGCCACGGGCUACCUGGAGAGUUUGGACCUUGUCCAUGAUCUGGUCAUUUUGUCAGUGGGACUGUUUCUUUCAUUUUUAAGUCUCUCAUUUGAGCUUCACUGAUAAUAAAAUGAAAGGUAUAACUCCUGGAGACUUACCAUAUCAAUUUAGGACCACCAAGAAAAAAUUCCCUGUUGAAUUUGGUAGUGAAGCUGUAUGGCCUUGACUGCACAAGAAGAACAAUUCAAAACUUUUUUUUUUUUUUUAAGGCCCAGCAUUUUUGGUGGUUUCUUCAUACCUGAUAACAAGCCCUGCCUCUGGUUGAGCAGAGCUUUGAUUUAUUCCUCCCCACCCAGUGUCAUAAAGUUGACAAGUACAACUUGGUUGUCCAGACAGGCUGAGGAUACAAUUGUGAGCCCAUGGAGAGGUAGUAGAGACCUCUGCAACUAUGCACAGUCUCAUACUGGAAGAUUUAUAUAUUGGGCUGUGGACAUAAGUUGUGUGGGACAGUACCUUCCCUCAUUUGAGUUACUGAUUGCAUAGCCACUCUACAAGUCUGACUUGGUCACUGUGCCAGGUCACUACUUGCUUCCUACUUCGGGGGCCUGAAGAGCAUCAUGGUUGUGUAAGAGGCUAAUUGAAACAUGAGCCCAAAGAGGGCCUCUGCCAGCUGCUCUGAGUAAUGUGAAUGGGUUUAGUGCUAGAAGCCAAGGAGCAGGACUAGGUCAUCUCUCUCGUCUGACUGUGUGCAGAGUCCUGUUGAAUGCCCCUCUCAGAAGCUCUGUUUUGGUGAACAUUCAGACUGUCACCACCUUUUCUGCCCUUCCAAAGGGGCAGUCCUUUCCACUAGGUCCCUUUUGGACCUCUUGACAGCAAGAGCUUUCUGUUGCUGGAAGUCAGGAAAACAUGUCCAAGUUCCCUGACUUUAGGAAAUGGGAUAUAGGGGGAGGAUGGGAACUGAUCUGUGUUAUCAAAAUUGCCUUGUGUUUACUCCCUGACUGAAGGUUUAUAAAGGGUAGGUGGGUGGGAGGACUGAGGUGAGUGGAACAGGUGCUGCUUUAUUUGAAAUGUUUUUCUUACCUCAUUCUAUGCCCCAGUAAAGGCCCUGCCUCAUCUCUCUGGCUUGGUCCAUGUUCCUGUCCACUGCCUAUCUGGUGCAGCUCAUAAUUCCAGGUGCUGCUUGCCACUCUUAAGCUUUCCCCAUCUACCAGUUUCAGUUCAUCUCUCUUUAAAUACUUCUGAUUCUUCUCAACUUCCUUUUUCUUCGCCUUUUUUUUAAUGUUUUUAUUCUGUUUUUUGGAAGACUCAGAGGAGAAUCUUUGGCUCCCUAUGCUUGGAUUGGAAUGGGGAAAUAGGUUUUUUGUAUUUACAAGGCAGUCAUUUGUCUCUAUAGGACUGCCUUAGUAUACCCUCCUGCUUUGUCUUCAUGAGUUCUGUCUUCCUACCUGCACUAGGAAUCUGCUUUUAGGACUUAAGCAGAACUAUGAAGGCUGUCUGGCACCCAGAGAUGGAGCUGGUCCACCUUCUCUUCCCCUUGCUCUGUAUGUAUCUUCCCUUGUCUAUGGACUGAUGAUUUGAGGUAGAGUUUAGGAAACUACUAAUUAGACCUGAGUCUCUUACUGCCUUCUAAAGAUUUCCUGCCCAGCUUUGUGGCCUAGAUACAGAUCUACAAUCCAACAAUUACAGCUUUUGAAAAAUGUCAAACCUUGGCUGAAGCUAAAAGUAAUUUCUAGUUAUCCUUUCCUUUGACUUUUUGUGAAUAUCUAAUAGAAUGCUGAUAGAAAGGAGAAUCUGAGACAGUGUUUUGGAAACAAGACGAAAGAGAAAAGAUAAUCAUCUACUUAUUCUUCCUUUAGUUAGGGAACCAAGAACAUGACUUUAAUAUUUUCUUUCAGACCUUUUCUAUGACUGGAGGAGGAAGAUGUUGGAAGUAAGUUUGAGUAGUGGUUUCUUUACAUCUCUCUUUCCUUGUUUUGAUCCCCUUCUCUACUACCAUCAUUAGGACAAGAGGCCACUGCCCAGACAGGUACUAGGUGGGCUCAGUCUAGCAGGUGCCCUGAGGGGACAAACUACUACUGUUCAAGGAGUUCAGGCUCCCUAACAUACAGUUGACAGUGGUUAGAAACUCCCUUUUCCUAUCUUCCCUAUUGUCCUUUCUGUAACAACAGAACUUCUGUCCUUCCCUAUUCAAUUAAUUGUAUUGGUUACUCUAUAAUCUUACCGUGAGUUAGUGAGUGAGUGAGUGAGUGAGUGAGUGUGUGUGUGUCUGGGGGGAAAAGGGUUCUUUAAAAUUUCUGUGGUUUGUGGCUUUUUCUACCAUACAUUAGUUUUCCACCACCGCAUGCCCAGGGGCCACUGCCUGGCACUAUCGCAUGCUGGGACCAUUGCGGGAGGGUACUAUGAAACUCACCACUGUCCUUUGCUUUGGAGAUUUCUUAUUUUUGCAUAAGUAACCCAUCCUAUACAGAUAGCUGUUUAACUGUGUGUUUCCUUGCCCCUAUGGCUGCUGUUGUAAAUAAAAUGCAUCUCCCCAUUGCUAAACAGUAAGAAUAAACUUUUUAAAAAUUA